CAUGCAAUAUACUCGAUUAGGUAGGUAGGUAGGUCUUACAUUCUAACCCCUCAUCAUACCACAUUUCCCCGCCAUACCUCACCUGCAACACAAAUUGAGAACUCCAUAUCCUUCACGCCGUUCUUCUUUUGUACUUUCCCACCAAGCGCAUUCAAAUCUUUUUCCCGUUCUUUCAUGUACUCUCUCAAAUCCGCUGUCCCAAUAACCCUGAGACAUCUUACAAGUAAACGGCAAGCUUCGGUUCCCCGCAUUCUCAACUUCACAAAGCAUUUCACAACUACCAAAAUCACAAUGGAACAUCAAUAUAAACUCAAGGAUCUCAGUACCUUGGAUUUGAAGCCAGGAGAGAAGAAAGAAGUUGAAGUUGAGGGUAUUGAAGGAGGAAAAGUGUUAUUGUGUAAUGUCGGUGGAAAAGUUACAGCUUUAGGUCAUAAAUGUACACAUUAUGGCGCCCCACUGGUUAAGGGUGUUUUGACUGGAGAUGGACGUUUGACUUGUCCAUGGCAUGGAGGUAUGCAAUUCUAUUAAACGAGAUGCAAAGAAGAUAUGCUAAGAAGAUAUGCUAACGUUUCGUUGGCAGCUUGCUUUAACGCCACCAGUGGAGAUAUCGAAAAUGCCCCCGCUCUAGAUGCCCUUCCUUCAUUUGAGUUGUCUGAGAAGAAUGGUUCGGUGUUUGUGACAGGAGAUAAAGAGACUAUCAAGGGCAGCCGAAGAAAACCAAAUAUUAGGAUUACUGGUGGAGUUUCACAGGAAAAAGUCGUAAUCGUCGGCGGUGGAAGUGGUGCCAUUGGUACAGUUGAGGCACUUCGUGAAACUGGUUUCAAGGGAUCGGUCACCAUGAUCAGCAACGAAGGUUACUUACCAAUUGAUAGAACAAAAUUGUCAAAGGCUCUUAUUGAUGAUGAAUCGAAAAUUGCUUGGAGGGAUGAGGCCUGGUUCAAAGACGGAUCGAUUGAUGUUCUCUAUGAUACCGUCAGUGGUGUUGACUUUGAAGGAAAGAAUGUAUUAACAAAGACUGGUAGCUCGUGAGUAUAUUCCUACCCUAUGUUUUGAACACGGUAAUCCAUAUGGAGUUGUAAAUUCUCUGACACCCAUCUGAGAUAAUUAAUGAAUUUAUCAUCCCGUCAUCCCAGACGAUACUAACACGUUAAUCACCUAGUUACCCCUACACAAAGUUGGUACUUGCAUCUGGUGGAAAUCCAAGGAGUUUACCAUUACCUGGUUUCAAAGAAUUGGGUAACAUCUUUCUCCUCCGCAAUGUUUACAAUGUGAAGAAUAUCGUGAAGGCUAUCGGAGAGAAGAACAAGAAGAUUGUCAUCAUCGGAAGCUCAUUUAUCGGGAUGGAAGUUGCCAAUGCCACAGCCAAAGAUAACGAUGUUACAGUCGUUGGCAUGGAGUCCGCACCGCUUGAAAGAGUCAUGGGGGCAGAAGUUGGCAAGAUCUUCCAAAAGGCUUUGGAAGGAAAUGGAGUCAAGUUUUACAUGAAUGCUGGCGUAGAAAAGGCCGUACAAUCAGCAUCUGAUUCCACUAAAGUUGGUGGUAUACAAUUAAAGGAUGGUACAACUCUUGAGGCGGAUUUGGUGAUCCUAGGAACAGGUAUCAGUCCUGCAACCGAAUACUUAAAAGAUAACAAAUCGAUUGAACUUAGAAAAGAUGGUUCAUUGACGACAGAUGAACAUUUCCUUGUUUCGGGUUUGAAGGAUGUUUAUGCCAUUGGAGAUAUUGCAGCUUAUCCAUACCACGGACCUGGUGGUGAAGGAGGCUUAACACGAAUUGAGCACUGGAACGUGGCGCAGAAUGCAGGACGAGGCGUGGCCACACAUAUCAACAAACCCAAUGCAAAGCCAAAACCAUUUAUUCCAAUUUUCUGGUCAGCUCUCGGCUCACAACUCAGAUAUUGUGGAAAUACUAUCAACGGUUGGGAUGACCUCGUAUUACAAGGAGAGCCGGACAAAGCAAAGUUUGUGGCUUAUUAUUGCAAGGGGGAGACCGUGGUUGCUGUUGCAACUAUGCAAUUUGAUCCAAUUAUGACACAGGCAUCAGAAUUAAUGAGAAGAGGGAAUAUGCCAAGCAAGAGUGAAUUGAAGAAGGGUCUUAAGCUUGAAAGCAUUGAUGUUCCAGCCGAGGUUAAGAUGUGAAAGUCCAUGGCCUAGGCGAACAAUAGAGGAUGGAUGGAAGGACGGGAGGUCAAGGAGUAUGUGAAAUAUAUGUACGUAGUAAUGAGGGAACGAAUUCCAAUAAUGAAAUAGCAGAGCAUGAAUGAAUUAUCUUCAAUCGAUG